UGGCAACCAAGUCAUUACUCCACCCACCUCGCCAUUCAACGCGCUGAUUGGUCGAGAUACGUUCUGUCCAAUGUUUGUAAAUGUUGGUUGGGUAAACGGUAACGUAGUUCUCAGCGCGCAAAUUAAAGGUCCUGCAGCCUUCAAAGUUAUUCAACAUUUACCUGCUGUGAUUUAUUUCAAAAGUAUCUCGAAAAAGGGACGGAAAAGAAGAGCCUGUAACGGUCGGGAUCAUUUCAAAACAGACACGGGAGAAAAUAUAGAAAUCCGUCCACAAUGGUCCUGAGUCAGAGUGAUGCGGCCAAGAGCCUGACCGCUGCCGCAGCCAAGGGAAAUACGGACGAGGUCAGGAGGAUGCUAGGACCGGAAUGCAGAGUGCAUCCCGAUACUGUCAAUCAAUUUGGAAAGACCGCUCUACAGGUGAUGAUGAUGGGCAACUCCAACGUGGCCAGCUUACUGUUGGAGCACGGAGCCGACCCAAAUAUCACAGACCGGCGAGGAGUCUCACCGGCACAUGAUGCGGCACGCACUGGCUUCGUGGACACACUCCGGGUUCUGGUGGAGUUCGGCGCGUCAGUCAACAGGCCAGACCACAGCGGCACCCUACCCAUCCACAUCGCUGUCCGAGAGGGCUACCGGGACGUCAUUGAGUUCCUUGCACCUCUCUCCAACCUGAAACACCCCAACACCAGUGGAGAGACAGCGGUGGACCUCGCCCGAGCCUCAUCGUCAUGUACACCGGACAUGGUAGAGCUUCUAGAGAGACAGCUGGAGUCUAAAGUGUUCUCUCACUCCCCACCUCUCCCUCUUUAGGAGUUAGAUGGACUCUACCACUAACCCCCCCUCCCCCUCUCUCUCUCUAUGCCAAAUUGGAUGGUUCAUAGACUCCCCUUCUACACCUACCUUACCUACACUCUCCUCUCAACCUGGUGACUUGAAUUCAUUGAUGUAAACGUUACUUUGUAAAGUAUGAUUUUUAGUAACUCUGGUCGAGGUUGACUUGUGUUUACCGUCCUGUUUUGGCAGCUUAUGGAAGAAUAAGUAUGGUGGACAUUAUUUGGACACCAUUUUUGCACAGAGCAAAGCACCUUUUGAUGGUAAAUUUGACCUCUUCCCCCCUUUGAUUCAGGAGUGCACACUUGUACAUGGCUUUAUUAUUGAGUGUUUGUGAUGACUUAUAUUGCAUUAUUAUUCCUCAUUGUGAAGGAAAUUGAACUGUUUGUGAUUUUCUUCCAAACUUUGAUAUUUUGACUUGACAUGGUGUAUCCCAUGAUGACUGCAUUGCAUGGUAGUUGUGUUUAUCUUUGAAAACUUACCUUUUAUUAGGCAUAUUUAGAAUUUUUGGGAAUUUUACAUGUAUUUAUUUAUUGAAAAUAUUCUUAUGAACUUUUGUAAAUAGCUACAUUGUCGGUUUUGUUUUUUUGAGAUGUUAUUUAUAUACAAAUACUAUUGAAAAUAUUAAGUAUUAAUUCCUUCUUGGAAGACUGAAGCACAAAAUAAAGUGUUUAACUUGA